AGAUGAUUUAUUUCCGGUCAACGCCAUUUUCGAACGCCUUGUGGACUUUUUCUGCUGCUAGCAAAGAUUCUUCGGAGCUGUAAUUGGAGACUUUGACCAAUACAUAACUGUUUAUUUAUUAUUUCGUAAGCCCUUCAAAGGAAACCAGGAUCCGUCGAGAGAUGGGAGAACCUGCUCAUCUCAGAGAUUGUCCUCUGGAUUGCAAGGUGUAUGUAGGGAACUUGGGCAACAGUGGUAACAAGACUGAGUUGGAGAGGGCGUUUGUGUACUAUGGCCCUCUGCGGAGUGUGUGGGUGGCUAGGAACCCCCCAGGCUUUGCCUUUGUCGAGUUUGAGGAUCCCAGAGAUGCAACCGAUGCUGUCAGAGAACUGGAUGGACGGACGCUGUGUGGCUGCAGAGUGAGAGUUGAAUUGUCCAAUGGGGAUAAACGCUCGAGGAGCCGUCGCCCUGGACGUGAAGACUACAGCAGCAGGCGCCGUGGGAGCCCGCCUGUCAGACGCCGCUCUCCUAGGAGGAGGAGUUUCAGCCGCAGUCGCAGCAGGUCUCUGUCAAGAGACCGAAGAAGAGAAAGGUCUAUCUCCAGAAACAGGAACCAAAAACCUUCAAGAUCCUUCUCAAGGUCUCGGAGCCGCUCCAGGACCGCUGAGAGAAAGUGAGUGUCUGACAGUCUGAACUCAGUCCAAACCUGAGGAUGUCUUGUAUAGAAUCAGGUUCUGGAUGAGUGCAUUUCAUUUUUAAAUGAUUAACCUUUUUAGAUUUGUGUUUAGGUGAGACAGCCAUGUCUGUCCAUCUGUGAAACAACUGUUUUUGAAAGCUGUAUAUUUCAAAUUACUGUCUUUAUUCUACCAAAUGUCUCAUUUUCACUUGUUUAAGCAUACAGAUGACUGACUUACUGUCCAACUACACCUAACACAUUGUCCAAUAGGGGCAGGGGUUGGUUUUGAACAUUCAGUCCAGCCUAAAUAUAGGGAGUAUCUGUCAAUGUGGGAAAUGCAUAACUACUUUAUUUGUUUCUGUUAAACUGUUUGAGUGAUUGAAUUAAACAUUUGGUAACAUGUUUCACUGGGCAUACAUUUUUGUAUUAUUGAAUGAUGUAGAAUUUUGAUUGUGACUGUUGAUCUUGGAUGGGAGAUAAACGAACUGUUCUAACUCAAAAGCUUUGUCAUUAAAUUGUUCUUCAAGUGGAAA